UCAUAAUAUGCAUUAUAGUCUCAGCCAAUCAGCGACGUUGGAGUCGUCAUGGAUAUUAUAAUAACAAAAAUAUUAUCUAAUGAGGAAACAGCUUUUAUUUACAUUCCACUUAAAAAUGGCAAUAAAGAGAUUACAGAAAGCAUGGCGACAAUUGAGAAUGUUAUUCUCAAAGAAACAAACAAAUAGCAAGGGAGUUGGAACUGAUUUGUCGAUACCGGAGCAUUGCGAAACUGAAAAUGUAUUCACAUUCGUAGUGGCUAACAGGUUAGCAGAGGCACUCGCUGAAAGAGACGCUUUGAGAAAAGAAAAAGACCAAAAGGAAAAGGAGUUGGAGAUGGAACGACUGGCAGUUAACCGAGCACAAAGGGAAAUAGAUGAGCUGAAAGAAGAACUCACAUGGCUGAGGGAGUUGGUUGAAAGUACUUUAAACAUCACUGACUUUGGCACACUCUGCAAUGAUGGCCCAGUUGGCGAUAAAGAAAGUGAACUGGAUCGUAAAGACUUGGAUACUGACGCUGCAUUGAUUGCAUUAGUGCCUUUAUGAUAAUCAUUUAAAUCAUUUAUAAAUACGUACACAUAGUACGGACGGCAAUAUCGUCCCUGAAGUUCCGAGCUGUGUCACGUAAGUGUCCUGCUGAUAGUCACGCAAGUCGACUGACACCGGACACUGACUGUCAUUCUAGCACCCGUUAAAGACACAACUUAGACACCAGACAAUAUUUGGAGCACAUAUGGACUGACGUUCUUCGUCCUUAGAAAUUAACAAAGAAUCCUUGAUAACAAACAUCACAGAACCAUGAAACACAUGAAGUCAUAUUUGAAAAGUGCAACACCACUGAAUAGGUUAAAGAAAAAACUCAGUAAUUGAACGAGAAUGUAAAUAAAUAAAUGUAUAAAUUGUAAAUAAA